UUUCCAUUCUUUUCGUCUCUUUCUUAACUUUCUCAUAAGAAAAAGAAAGAAGGCAACUCUUUUUUGGGACUGUCAAAUUUAAAGAAAAAAAAACAAAAGAUGUUAGAUAUCGAAAUAUCCCCAAACAUUUAUUUCUUCGUUUUUCAUUCCGCUUCCCUAGAUUCUUACAGAUACCCCCGUGUGCUAGACCACACCCGUCUCUUUAUAAGUCUCCCAUUUCUCUUCUCUCAAAAUCUCUUUGUAUUUAUAUUCAUAAAAAAGAAAACCCAUUUUUUCUCUCUUUUGACUUCACCAAAAAAUACCCUUUUUCAUGGCUAUCUUUGUUCACUAUCUUGUCAUCACCGCCAUCAUCUCCGCCGUCUUCUUCCUCCUCCUCCGUGCUUACCGUCUCCGGCGGCUCUGUUUGCCGCCGGGAAACUUGGGUUUGCCUUUUGUUGGGGAGACUUUACAGCUUAUAGCUGCUUACAAGACUGAAAACCCUGAACCUUUUAUUGAUGAGAGGGUGAGCCGGUACGGUUCGAUCUUUACAACCCAUGUUUUCGGUGAACCGACUGUUUUCUCUGCUGAUCCGGAAACGAACCGGUUCAUCUUGCAAAACGAGGGGAAGCUGUUUGAGAGUAGUUACCCCGGUUCGAUAUCGAAUUUGCUUGGGAAGCAUUCUUUGCUUUUGAUGAAAGGAAGUCUUCAUAAAAGAAUGCAUUCUUUGACUAUGAGUUUUGCUAACUCAUCAAUUAUCAGGGAUCAUCUUCUGAUUGAUAUCGACCGUUUGGUCCGGCUCAACUUGGACUCCUGGACCGACCGUGUCUUCCUCAUGGAAGAGGCCAAGAAGAUAACUUUUGAGUUAACAGUGAAGCAGCUGAUGAGUUUUGAUCCUGGUGAAUGGAGUGAGAGUUUGAGAAAAGAAUACGUGCUUGUUAUUGAAGGCUUCUUCACCAUUCCUUUGCCUCUCUUUUCCACCACCUACCGUCGAGCAAUCAAAGCUAGGACGAAGGUGGCAGAGGCAUUGAGCUUGAUAGUAAGGGAAAGAAGGAAAGAGUAUGAAGCAGGAGAGAGGAAGAAUGACAUGUUGGCAGCAUUAUUAGCAGGGGAUGACAAUUUUUCCGAUGAGGAAAUUGUAGAUUUCUUGGUAGCUUUGCUUGUUGCUGGCUAUGAAACAACUUCAACUAUCAUGACUCUUGCUGUCAAGUUCUUGACUGAGGCCCCUCUUGCUUUGGCUCAACUCAAGGAAGAGCAUGAGGGGAUUAGGGCGAAGAAAAGCGAGUCAGAAGCUCUAGAAUGGAGUGAUUAUAAGUCAAUGCCAUUCACUCAAUGUGUUGUUAAUGAGACAUUGCGAGUGGCAAACAUAAUCAGUGGAGUUUUCAGGCGAGCAAUGACAGACAUUAACAUAAAAGGUUACACAAUUCCAAAGGGUUGGAAGGUUUUUGCAUCGUUUCGAGCUGUACAUCUUGACCAUGAUCACUUCAAAGAUGCUCGCACUUUCAAUCCAUGGAGAUGGCAGAAUAACUCCGGGACGAGCUGUCCUGGAAAUGUUUACACACCAUUUGGAGGAGGGCCUCGACUGUGCCCGGGAUAUGAGCUUGCUAGAGUAGAACUCUCUGUAUUUUUACACCACCUUGUAACUCGGUUCAGUUGGGUACCUGCUGAAAAAGAUAAGUUGGUCUUCUUUCCAACAACCCGAACGCAGAAGCGGUAUCCCAUCAAUGUGCAGCGUCGAGCUGCAUCUUUGUAGCCAAUGUAAGGAUAAUGUAGAAGAGAUGUAAUCAUUUUGGUAUGGUCGGAGUUAGUGAAUGUAAAUUGACUUAUAAUUCUUAUUUGUUGGGAGUUGUGGUAUUAGUAGGAAUGGAGGUAGCAGUGGUCUUUAUUUUGAUUUUUUUAUCCAUAUUCAAUUGUAACAAUUCCCUGAUGCUAGCAGCAAAUUCUAUUUAAAAAAUGAAAUUCAAAAGAGAAGUUAAAGAACAGAGAAAGAUAUGGAAAUUGAAAUUGUUUAUCAAAUCAAAAUCAUUGUAUCAAAAGUUUAGCUUAAACCAGGUCAAUUUAGAAAACAUGGUUAAAAUCAAACUCAUUCCUCACUUAAUCCUAAUACAUCAGAAACAAAAUCUGGCAUGCAUAACACACAAAGCAUGCUAUGCCGAUCUAACUCCGGCAUGCAUAAGACUCAACAAGCUGUUCCGGUUGAUCUAUACCAUACUCUAUUCUCGUAAGAUGAUACACAUUGGUUAACAGUCCUCCUGGUGUUAUAUCAUAAGGGAGAAUGUAGAUAA